AUGACAGACUCGAAUCUAUUUGGACAGGAUCACAUCCUAGACCUUGCGGCUAAAGCUAUUCAGUCUGGCCAGCCAAGCCUCAAAACACCCCAUGAAGCGGUGGCACUGAUCGGCCAUGCCUGCUUGGCAGCGCUCGAUUUCAAAUUGGUUGGCCUUGGGGAAGACCACAAUUUAGAAACCCCAGAUAAAACCACUCUCCCCGCAGAAUGGAACACUAAUGACACGAUCGCCUUCCGAUAUGCGCAUGCGAACUCCGAGACCCAGUAUCUACUCAAAGUGAGUCGCAUGGGUGGAAAUGCGGUUGUCUUUGCGCUGGCGCUAGGCGAUGACCGCACCAGUUCCUUCGACAUCCCGACCAAGGAUUAUAUCUCAACGUCGGCCCUUCCUCUGUCUACCGAAGUUACCAAAUCGUCUCUUCGAGAGGUGUUCAGCUCAUCCGCUCGGCUGGGUGAUUUGAUCAGUCUGUUCAAAAUCAAUGUGAUUCAGAAGAUUGUCUCUGGGUUACAACCAGAGGAUUACGAGGGGACAGGUCAAGCCUCAAGGGACACACCGGCGGAAAGCAGACAGCGAGACGCUCUGCGCGAUGGCCCGGUACCACAACCUGCUCGCCCGCGUCCAUUCGAUGAUCCCUUGGCAGCAGCACCUCGUCGCUCCAAACCACAAGUAGACUUUGCCCCUCCUGGGUUUGAAGAUGAGCACCGGAUCAACCGCCCUCCGCGCAGGUACUUAGGAGGACUUGGUGGCGGCCCAGCUGGGCUCGGAGCAGGCCCGUCAGGUCUUGGGGACGGGCCAUCUGGACUAGGAGCUCCCGGAAGUAUCGGUUCGCAAGAUCUAUACCCCCAGGGCCUUUCUCCCCACGAUCCCUUCAAUGGACGCAUGGGUGGUUAUGGCCCAGCUAGUGGGGGAAUGCAUCCUACCUUCGAUGACCCCCUCUUUGGUGGAGCAGGCCCCGGUAGAGGUAGACAAGAUCCUCGAGCACCCCCUGGAGCUCGAUAUGAUCCCGUCGGACCUGGUGAGCCACCGUUUGGUAGUAAUCGAGGACCUUACGGUAACAAUGGACGAGGUGGGGGAGGCUUUGGGGGCUUUGGUGGUGGAUUUGGCGGGGACAUCAUCUAA